AUGCUCCUCCACACCUGCAACGUCAUCGUUGCGUGCCUCGACCACCUCCACCGGCGUCGCGCCCCGUGCGCUCCGCCUCCCUUCCACGAGCACGUGCCCCACAUCCUCCUCGGCAUCGGCGGCGGUGCUGGGACAGCCACGAGCCUAGCGCGAUGUGGAACAGGUGUAGCCGCCGGAGAAGAGAAGCACGAGUGUGUGGAUGGUCAGGACGAAGUGGGAGGAGUCGCCGGCUCCAGCUUGUGCGAGCGUAUCCGCAAGGACGGUUUCUACGGCGGCGUGGAUCAUCGAGCCGCCGCCUCACAAGACCCUCGCCCUCCUGCGGCGUCCGUCCUCUGGCUGCCCUUCCAUCUGUGCGCCUCCUGCCGCAGCAGUCCACAGCUUCCCUACACCUCCUCCUACCGUCAUCUCCUCCUGACGCGGAUCGUGGAGCCGCCGCCUCACCAGCCCUUCUUGCGACGGCCGUCCUCGCCGCCCCUCCGACCGUGGGCAGUCCAUACUGCUUCCCUGCACCAGCCCAGAGGAGCCCUUCUCUACUCGUACUGCAGUGGCCUCCCCAUCGUUGUCCACCUGUGCCCUGUAGUUGAGAAGGCUGUAGUGUGUUAUCAAAGGGAGUGCAUCCUCUGAUCCUAAAAAGGCAGUACGUAUUUG